UAUAUUUCCGGUUCCGGGUUACCAUAAAAUUGUCUUCCUCGUAGGUGCUUGACUUAAUUUGUUCUCUUUAUUUAAUAUCUUAUAAUAUCAACGUGUGUAAUUUAUUUUUUGUACUAUACAUACUAUUAGGAGGCUGUAGUUUACAGGCAUAUUUACGCUGAUUUUGACGCCAUAACCUUGGCCUGCAUGUCGGUCAGAUAACACCAUUGAAUGGAUGUACUUAAGAAUUAAAUAAAACAUGUCAACACUCGGUUUAAAGUCGUCACCAUUCAAGACACUAACAGCAGCUGCACUUUCGCGUUGCCUCACGUUUGUUUCUGCACGCAGCAAGUUCAGCAAAGCAAGAAUUCCGAAAGAGAUUUUUGCAGAGCGGUCACAAGAACAUGAAAAGUACGGCGGUGACCCUAACCAGCCCCACAAACUGCACUUAGUGACCAGAGUUAAAAGUGUGGUGAGAAGGCCAUACUGGGAGAAAGACAUGGUCAAGAGAUUUGGCCUUGAAAAGGCAAACGUACCCGUCAUCCACAAAAACACACCUGCAGUCAACAGCCAGCUGAAGUUCAUCAAACAUCUUAUCAGGAUCGAGCCGCUGAGGACUCCAUACGGACUUCCCGCUGAGCAGGACAUGGCUGACUCCUACAUCAACAGCAAAGGAGAGCUGAUUGUUCGACGCUUGCUUCAGUCUGUUGACACCAAGGCCAUUGAGUCUUAGAUUAUGAAUAUAUAAAGAUGUAGUUGCAACUGGUGGAGCCAUUAAACAUUACAAAUUAAAACAUUUGACGGCAAGUGUAUAAUGUCUAAGAUUCCAUGAAGAGUCCUACACCAGAUUUGUUUACAACCCUCAGCUUAUAUUCAACCAGUCAUUUUUUUGUUAAAGAAAUAAUUAUACAGUUUUGACAAAAUGGUGCUCAUUGCAUUACACAACUGCCACAACUUUAUACACAAAUGGUUUAAUGAGUUCAAUCUCUAAUUGGUCAAACUUGCUACAUGGAAAUGAGUAAAAAUAUUUUGAAACAAGAUGUCAGGAGGAAUAACUUGUUGACCAAACAAAGCCACAAAUUGUCAGAACAAGAAUGGCAGAGAGACCAGCUCAGUAUUAAUGAGCUUAGCAGUCUUCCACCUAACAAUAAUGGUCAUGUUCCUCUCUAACAAUGAAAGCAAGCAAACAUCCUGUCACCAAAGACAAAUGGGUCAUCCAACGUGGAGACUGUGGGCUGACUAUGUGACUAUAAAAACGAGGUAGCCCAGAGAGAGGAGCCAUACAUUCUCUCAGAUGUUCCUCAGUCAUCAUCAUCAGAGUCUGUGUCAUAGCCUCGCCCUCGGAUGCUUUUCUUCUCCACCUUGGUGAACUUGGAGUGGGACUUCUGUGUGGCUGUAGGUGGCUCCAUCAGGUUACCACUACAACAAAAAAGUUACAAUUCCCUCAGACAGUGUGUGUGAACAAAAUGAUAUGAUUGUUAGAAAGCUAAAAGGGCCAAUAAUGAGAUGAAUUUAGGAAUAUAAUUUACAUUAUUUUUUACUUUUUUUUUUUUUUAAUCCCUUUAUACAACCAAGAAUCAAGAGUGAUUUUUUUUCAAAUAUAAUGGAAAAAAACUUCUGAUUACAUAUAAAAACAUAAAAAUAAAAUUCUAAUCUGAAACUGGGGAGUUUACUGUGGUGGCAAAUGAGUGUACGUACCUGUAGUUAAUAACAUCGGCACAGCCAAGUCGCCACUCCAGCAUCUCUGUGCUGAACUCGUCUGUGUUACCCAGAUCGCUGAAUCCGACCACGUAGUCCUUUGAUUUCCCGUCAAUGAGCAGCGCCAGGGUGGGGAUGACUUUAAUGCGCAGCCGCUCCGUGAGGAAGGGUGCCUUUUCCACAUUGAGUUUGAUGAAUUUGGUCUCCACAUGUUUCUUUGCCAGGAGGGACAAGUGUUUGUCCAGGAUCUUACAUCUGUGUAUGUUGACAGUGAUAAAGUAAAUCUCUUUAAUGUCUA